CUGGCCUUAAUAAUGAAUCCUGCUGUGUUUGUUUUGUAUUGAAUACAGAAGAUAAGAUAACAAAAAAAUUAUAAAUUCGAUUUCAUUUGUAUCAAAACUUCAGUACGAGUUUUUCUAGUGGUUAGUCACGUCGAGAACGUGAACGAUGGCAGCACUACUAACGACCUACGAUUCAGGGGAUCGAAUCUGGAGCGGUUCCAAACGCACUUUUACCUAUACCGAUGAGACGUCAAUUGGCAAGAUAAUAUUUACCAAUAUGAAGAACUGGCCCAACAACGUCAGCCAGAUAAAUGAUGAGGAUGGAGGGACGGUCACCUUUAACGAGGCCAUUACAUGGGCCAUUCGGGUUGCUCAGAUUUUCAAAAAGAAAGGAUUCCAGUAUCCUGAUGUUAUUGGCCUCCCAGUGAGAAACUCAACAUACGUCAUGUCCGUUGCGGUGGCCUGUUAUUUAAAUGGAACACCCUUUCAUGCGAUCAAUCCAGUAAUGGACGAAGCUACCAUGACGCAUGUUUUUUCUAUAACCAAACCAAAAAUAAUAUUUUGCGAUGGACAGGAUUACGAAAAGGUCCAAGCCGCAAGUAAGGAAUGGCAACCGGAUAUUCUCACUGUCACUGACCCUAUUAAAGGAGUGCCCCAUAUUCAAAGUCUUCUGGAUCCCACGCCAACUGAAGCCUUCUACCAACCAGAGCCAUUGAAGGAAGGAAGUCAACAGACGAUGGCCAUUCUAUGCUCCUCGGGAACCACUGGCUUACCCAAGGCCGUCUGCAUUUCCAACCGCUCUUUGCAGCACGAUUUUCCCAUGUUGAACAGCGAAUCGGUUGUGUUCUCUUUCAGUGGUCUCGAUUGGAGCAGCGGCCUGAUCACUUUUCUCAUGGGAACGGUCAUUGGUUGCACCCGCAUCAUAACCCAAAAAGCCUUUUCUCCAGAUUACUUUGUGAGGCUCGUGGAGAAGUACAAGAUCAACUCUGUCAUUUUGGCGCCUCACCAUAUGUCAGCCCUGAUCAAUUAUCCAGGAGCAUCGAAAGAAGCCAUGGCCUCACUUCGGUGCAUAAUCUAUAUCGGCGGAUUCACCUCUAUGACCACACUGAAAAGAGUUCAGGAGCUUUGUAGCAAUGCGAUGCUCAUCAAUGCCUAUGGAAUGACGGAGACAAGUAGUAUAACUUUUAAUAUGGGACUCGAAGACGUUAACUCUGUCGGCAAGCCACUGCCAGGAGUUAGAAUUCGCAUCGUGGACGAGGAUGGCAAGUCCCUGGGGUACAAAGAGGUGGGCGAGAUUUACGUGCACAACGGUCGUCCAUGGAAGGGGUACUUUGGCAAUCCCGAGGAGACUCGCCGUAUGCAGGACUCUGAAGGAUGGUUCCACACCGGAGAUCUGGGCUACUUCGAUGAACAGAACCGGCUCUUUGUGGUGGACCGUAAAAAGGAAAUGUGCAAGUAUCAGGGAUACCAGUAUUUACCCUCUGAAAUCGAGGGCGUUAUAUCCGAGCUGCCCCAGGUGGAGGAAGUUUGUGUCGUGAGCAUUUACGAUGAAGAGCAGGGAGACGCUGCAGGUGCUUUGGUGGUCAAGAGGCAAGGAGUUUCCAUAACAGAGCAGGAAAUCAAGGAUCAUGUGGCCAGGAGGCUACCCGCAAUGCAGAAGCAGCUCCAUGCCGGCGUCCAGUUUACCGAUAAAUUACCCAUUAAUUCAAAUGGAAAAAUAUUCCGCAGAAAGGCGCAAGAAGAAUUUUUAGCGAAAAAAAAGGCUUUAGAAUAAAAUAAACUA